CACCCACCAAGUAUUGCACAUAAAACCCAGUGGUUGUUCUUUGCGUCCGCCCCAGAGCUUUUACCGUUCUAUAGGCUGCAUAGGACGUUCCGGUGAACUGUCAGUUUCCUCAGUUCGACCUUUGAAACUCUCUUUUUGUUACCAUGGCAAUGAAGGGUAAUCGAGGAACGGUGACAGCUGCCACCAAGUUCCAUCCUGACGAAGAUGUGGAGAAGCUGAGAGGGGCCAUGAAAGGGGCUGGCACUGAUGAAGCUGCCAUCAGUGAGGUCCUGGCACAUCGCACAAUCCAUCAGAGGCAGGAUAUCAAAGACCACUUCAAGAGAUCAGUAGGGAAGGACAUCAUGGACGAUCUGAAGAGUGAGCUGUCAGGGAACUUCAGGAAGGUGGUUGUGGGGUUGAUGAUGACCGCACCUGCGUACGACGCCUAUGAGCUGAGGAAUGCCAUCAAGGGCGCAGGAACAGAUGAGGCAUGUCUCAUUGAAAUUCUGGCUUCUAGAACUAAUGAAGAAAUCAAGGCCUUCACUGAAGUUUACAAGAAAGAAUAUGGCGACAGCUUGGAGGAUGACAUCUGCAGUGACACUUCUGGAAUGUUCCAGAGAGUUCUGGUGUCCCUUCUUACGGCAGGGCGUGACUCGAGUGAUACGUUCGAUGAGGCUCGAGCUCUGAAGGAUGCCAAGGACAUAUUCGAGGCAGGAGAGGCCUGCUGGGGCACAGACGAGGUCAAGUUCCUGUCUGUGCUGUGUGUGAGGAGCAGGAAACAUCUGCUCCGAGUGUUUGAGGAAUACAAGAACAUCUCUGGACGAGAGAUUGAGGAUAGCAUCAAGAGGGAGAUGUCAGGCAACCUGGAGGACGUCUUUCUGGCAGUUGUCGGCUGCAUCAGAAGCAGGCCAGCAUUCUUUGCUGAGCGCUUGUACAAGUCCAUGAAGGGUAUGGGGACCAAUGAUGAUGCCCUGAUCCGACUGAUGGUGUCUCGUGCUGAAGUCGACAUGGAGGACAUCAAGGAGCAGUUCUUCAAGAAGUACAAUAAGACCCUGUACUCCUUCAUCAAGUCUGAUGCAUCAGGGGAUUACCGCCACAUCCUGCUGGAGCUGUGUGGAAGGGAGAAGUAGAGGGCCUCAGAGAAGCACGGAGAUCCUCAGGCUCCGCGUCCAUGAUCUCCGCUUAUUCUCUCAGCUGUUCUGGGGACCAUGCCUUUACAUGUUUGAUAAAGUAACCAUUUUCCAAUGUUUGUUACAUGGCUAUAACCAAAAUAUAAUGAAAUUGA